AUGCCAAGGCCUUGCGUGAUGUUGGAGCCCAACGAGGCAAAAACCUACGCGAGGAGACUUGAGAAGACAAACACUUCUUGGUCUUUGCCGAAAUAUAAGUAUCUGAUCAAAGACCUCUUUUGCCAUGGAAGAAAAAAGGGUAGGAAUCAACACCUCGCCCAUCUGACUUCAAUAUCUACACUUCCUCGGAAUCUUCAAUAUCUACAUUUCCUCGGAGACUUCAAUAUUUACACUUCCUCGGAAACUUCAAUAUCUACACUUCCUCGGAAACUUCAAUAUCUACACUUCCUCGGAAACUUCAUACACUUCCUCGGAAACUUCAAUAUCUACACUUCCUCGGAAUCUUACUGCACACCUACCGACACCAUGGGGAUCGACAAGAAUACGGAUCUCGGCGGCAUUACAGGCGAUGAAAAGGAAUGGCAGGACGUCUACAACAGAAUCGGCGAGCGGUAUAAGAACGCUAAACUCGUCGAGGCUAUUCCCGAGGAGGUCGCAGAGAACCUGACCACGGCUGCGACUGCCGCCAAAGAAAAGAGACAACGGGAGCCGGCUGCUUCGGUUUAUGAACAGCGGUCCGAAAUGGAUUGGGAGAAGAUUGAGAUUGACAAGACCCUUGUCAGAAUCUGGGACAAACAUGUGGAUGUUACUAAGGCGCACAAGGCACAGGCGGCAGAAAAGGCCUUGCUCGCUGAGAAGGAGAAAGAGCGAGGCAUGACAGCUGAAUGGGAUAGCGAGGGAGGAAUGACAGUUAGGUGGGAGCCCAAGAGAGAGCUGCAGCUGAACAGAGUGCGUUAA